AAGAAAAAUGUCCACGUAGUACUGUAGAGACCACAUAUUCUCUUUCGUUGAGCAUAAACAUUUCCGAGCAGCACUUGAAGGCAGCGCCGGACUGCCACUCAGUCAGAAAAGUUCGCAGUGUGGCGUUCACGGUCUGUCCACCAGGAGGCGCAGACCGGGGAGGGGGGGCUCAAUCCAAACACCGCACUCCUCUCCUCACCGCUCCGCUCCUCUCCUCUCCUCUCCUCGUACCAUGAGCUGAAUCUGUCCGGGACAGACCAGGGAAGAUGGCGGCCACUGACCAUUCCCGGUCCGCAGCAGCCAAGCAGCGACGCCAGGACCAGCUGCAGCGGUGGCUGGGCUCAGAGACCGACCUCACAGAAUCGGAGAUCCGGGGAAGCUCGAGCACCUUCGGGACGCGGCGGGGCAAAGUCCGGUUCGCCCAAGGAGCCGUGUUUAUGGCCGCCUGCUCCGCCGGAGACCGGGAGGAGGUGGCGGCGCUGGUCCGACAGGGAGCCGAUAUCAACCACGCCAACAUAGACGGACUGACAGCCCUGCACCAGGCCUGCAUCGACGAGAACGCCGAGAUGGUGCAGUUCCUGGUGGAGAACGGGAGCGAUGUCAACAGAGGGGACAACGAGGGCUGGACUCCUCUGCACGCUGCAGCCUCCUGUGGCUUCAUCCAGAUAGCUAAAUACCUGAUAGAGCACGGUGCUCGCGUCGGGGUGGUGAACAGUGAAGGAGAACUUCCUCUGGACGUCGCCACCGAGGACGCCAUGGAAAGGCUGCUCAAAGGCGAAAUCAAAAAACAAGGAGUAGACGUGGACAAGGCCCGAAAGGAGGAGGAGAGGAUCAUGCUCCAGGACGCCAACGCGCUGCUGGCAGGAGGUGGCACUCUCACACCUCACCCAAACACCAAGGCAACGGCUCUGCACGUCGCCGCUGCCAAAGGCUACAUCGAAGUCCUGAAGGUACUGUUAAAGUGCAGGGUGGACGUGGACGGCAGGGACAUCGACGGCUGGACGCCCUUGCACGCCGCCGCUCACUGGGGCCAGGAGGAGGUGUGCACCCUGCUCUCCGAACACAUGUGCGACAUGGGCGCCGUCAACAACGUGGGACAAACGCCUCUAGAUGUUGCGGAUGAGAACCUCGUGGACAAACUGGAGGAGCUACAGAAGAAACAGAACGCUCUACGCAGCGAGAUAGAGAAACAGACGCCUGUUAUUGAGACCAGUCCGCAAAUCUCCAUGGUACCAGUUCGCGCACGCAGGAGGUCUAUCUGUCGCAUGAGCAGUAAGGAGAAGAUUGGCCUCCACGAGCGGGAGAAACACCCGCCCCCCGCCCUGCAGAGCAGCCCGGCGGAGGACGAGGAGGAGGAAGGUCAGACGGGGCAGAGCCAGCCUCAGGGCCAGACCAAAGCCUCCAGCAGCUCCAGCUCGGAGGAGGAGAGCGAGUCCGAGAGCGACGCCGAGUCAGAGAAAGCAAAAAAUCGAGAAAUCAUAAACAACUUGAACAACAAGCGAAACGCCACCAGCGUGCUUCCUACCUCCAUGUCAACGAGUACGGCCACAAGCCAAGUUAAAAAGCAUGAACCAAGCAAGCCUCCAGCCACUGAAGCCCCAGGCUCAUGGAGGACGUCUCUGAGAAAAGCCGGUAGCUCUGUAACUCUGGGCUCUGACCCCAACCAAGACCCCAGCAGACCGCCAGAGUCUGUCCUGGGUAUGACUCGCUCUGCCUCCAGUCCCCGCCUGAGCUCUGAGGCCGACACCAAGGAGCCGAGGCUCGCUCGCGUCCACCCCAUUCCAACCCGGAGGCUCUUCAGUAUCCCCGAUAGCAGCCCUGACAACUCCAACAGUUGGCUAAGCCGUAGCUCCUCUUACACCCGGGGCCUUCAUAGUCAGUCAGGGAAUGAUCUCACUAGUUCCACGCCGUCUUUGCUUCACAGCUCAUCUUAUGGAAAGAGACUGGACAAUCCUCCUGUGACCUCAGCCAGCACAGGGACAAGCUCUGCUGGUCUCAGCCGCCUUAAUAGUGCCUUAGCUCAGAGAACUCCUCAGGAACAGACAGUAAAGAAGGAUCCGCCAGCCGUCGCCGCCCCAGUCCCCGCCCCCGCCCCCGCCCCCGUCCCUGUCCCCACCACCAACUCUCAGAGCACAACCAUGAGCGAACAGGAGACCAAGCAGAGACGCAAGUCCUAUCUGACGCCCGUGCGGGAUGAGGAGGCGGAGGCGCAGAGGAAAGCUCGCUCCCGGCACGCGCGGCAGUCCCGCCGCUCCACUCAGGGGGUGACGCUGACGGAUGUGCAGGAGGCGGAGAAGACCAUCAAGUCAGACAACAAAGGGAGGGAAAAUAAGGAGGAAGAGGAGAAGGAGAAGGAAAAGGAGAAGGAGAAGGAAGCCAAGCAGAAGAAGGGAGAGGAGGGGGAAGUGAGCUGGAGGUCUCGUAUUGCCAGUCUGCAGAAGUCGGACCUUCUGGGCCUCACUCAGCCUGCUGGCACCCCCCGGCCUCAGACCUCUGACAGGAAAGAUGCUGAGGCCGGUACAGGGGAGAGCGAGACAGAGCGAUGGGAGAGGGAGCGCAAGGAGAGGAGGCAAGCUCGCUCCAGGAGGAAGGCGCAAAGGACCGGGGAGGGCGAUGACAAUGAUCCCAGUGGAGAGGAAGAGUUCUCAAGCAGUGGGCUGGAUCCACAGACAGAUCAACACUUGAGCUCCAGGUUGGACACAUCCUGUAACGAUCGCACCCAGGGAGGAGGAUCCAAGGAUUUUAAGAAGUUGUUUGAGGAGGUGUCCAGAGAAAACAGCCAGCUUCAGUCUCAGCUGCAGGACACCCAGAGGGUCAUCAGUCAGACCAGAGUGGACCUGGAAAAGGCCACGCAGAGACAGGAGCGCUUCACUGACUGUUCAGCCCUGCUGGACCUGGAGAGAAAGGUGGUGUGAGAGGGUUGGUGUUUGUUAACAGAUGAUUUCUUUUGCCUGCCAAGAAACUACCUCGAAUUUUACUCGAGAGGCAUCUGGUGUUAAUGUGAAAUAACAAACCUGAGUCAUUUUCUAAGUUAUGCAACAUGAUCGAUUUCAGGAGUCAUUAUCUUAGCAGAACAGUUUGACAUGUUUUUGAAACAUGCCUUUUUUGUAUAGUAAAUAUCCAGUACAAGCUUGGAGAUUAGCUUAGCUUAGCUUAUCUUGGCUUAUUUUAGUUAGAGUGGAAACAGAAUGUGGUUAAAUUCACAUCACCACCUCUAAAACAGAAACAAAUGGUUAAUUUUAGUUUUUGUUCAAGUUUAGCCAAUGUUUCUACCCAAUAGAAAGGCUGCUCGUUUGUUUGUUUCCAGUCUUUAUGCUAAGCUAAGCUAACGAGCUAGAUGUAGAUCCAUAUUUACUGUACCCUUUCCUUCCUUCUUACCAAACUACUUGAGUUUUGUCUGCUAACUAUAAUAUACUGACAAAAGAGGCAUUACAUUUUUACUUUUUUUUUUUUACUAUAAAGUACCAUAUUUUUAAAUGUUGGCGAAAAUAGCUCAAUUGCUGUUAUUUCUGUUUCUCUGCCACCAGCUCACAGUUAAAUAGUAAAUGAGAACCGGUUCAGCUUCUAAUAUUAAAUUAAAUGAGCUGACGCUGCGUAGAAGGAGCAACAGUUCUUUGCCAGUUCGUUCUGUAAACUUGUGACAACAAAUUAAUUGCAGUGUAACAGUCCUGCGCUAAAUCUUAGCUUCAUGAAGAUGCCUAGAAGAGUACUUAACCAUGCUUUGUACUAAGCAGCUAACAGGUAAGCUGAACUCAGACGAUCUGCUUUCUCCUGUGAGAGCUGUUGUCUAUAAUAUAUAAUCGAUUAACAUCCAAUAUCUCAUUAACCCAUUAAUGUGAACACAAGAAAUGCCAUCAUAUAAUAUGACAGCGCGCUCAGUGAGAAAAACGAUUAAUUAUUUUUUUCUC